UUUCAGGCGCGCACACGGUGCGCUUUUUUAACGUAAGUGUGAGUGUGUGUGUAUUAGCGCUCGAUUAUAAAUGGCAUGGUAAGCGCCGUGCCAGGCACCAGGCAGCGCAUUCAUGUUUGGCUUCUGACUGCUGACUUUUUCCACGGAAUUUCCUAGUUUGUCUGGUUGGCGGCGCGCAAUUUUGCCUGCGAAGCGCCAGUUGUUGUUUGGCAACACUUGAGCAAAGCAUUCAUUUCCGGCAGAUUUAUUUGUUUCCUGCGAACGUCGUAAGCGCAGCGUAAGCCCUUCAGCCAGCCAUUCGUUCCACACGAAAUUCGCAUCUCGCAUCGUCACACACGGUUUGAAUUGAGGGUUUCCGCUGCAUUUAAUGUGCAAUAAUCCUUUAGUGUGGAAGUGUCAUAGAUUCAAGUGUUGCAGCACCAGCUGCGUCCUAGUGUGCCGCAGUAGUCUCUAGACUCUGUGUGCACUUGUGUGUGUGUGUGUUGUUGUGUGUAUGUGAGCGCAGUUGGCAAAAUGACUACCAGUGAUGAAUUUUGCCGCGAUCAUUAUGAGCAUCCAUUAUUGUGGUGUGACGACAAGAAACGUUUGGUGGAGCGUAAAAACGCGGAGGAGAGUAUGCGUAUGUGGCGGCGUCGCAAGGCUGAGGAAGUGGCGCGCAAAGAGAAGGACAAAGCUGAGUACUACGAACUGUUUGUUAAGCAUUAUCCCUGGGGUCGUCCUGGUGGCGGCGCGCCUAAUUUGGAUAUCAGACGCAAGGACAUCACAGCUGUUGGCCUGCAUUCCACGCCUACUAUUAGCACCAUGCAUCGCCUGAACUGUUGGCAACCCUGUCGCUACAAUGACUACUUCUCGCAACGUAAAAAAUGCCAUGACCCCGCCACCUGCUAUCAUCAUCAUCUACAUCAUCACAUACCACCAUUGCCGCCUGCACCUCCACCGCCAGCACCGCACGUCACCACCCAUACACACACGGUGCAAACCACCAGCGAUGCUUGUCAUCCCGGCGCCGGCGGCGUGCUGACCGUUUGCGAGCGUAGCGUUGGCGAUGUUGGCGUUGGCGCAAAAUUUGUUGGUGGUGCCACCAAGAGCAAUGUGACCGGCAGCAGCAGCGUUGGUGGCAUUGGUGUUGGUCUGGGCGCCACAAAAAACGGUGAGACUUUGCAUAUAACGCUCAAAGAUCACCCAUCUAUGUCGUUUCGCAAUAAAGGACAUCUCGACAUUGAGGUACGCUACAAACCCGGUGCCGCCGCUGCGGGUGGUAAGGGUAAGCCAUUGCUAGAAAAGAUUGUGGUAUCGGAUAGCGAUAAGUGCCCGUUGGCGCAAGGUGUACAGACGCAGCCGUUGUUAAAGGGUUCGCCACGCAAGAAGAGGCUCGUCGCCAAGCUGGAAAAGCCGCUGAGUAAAGAUCCCUGGGGUAAGGCAGGACCUGGCGGUAAACCGUGGCGCAGUCCGAAAGCGGCGGGUAGCACUUUUAUGAAAUCGCUGGGUUGGACGAACAAGGAAAUGCUGAAAGAUCUCGAUCAGGAUAAUCCCGUUACGCCAGCUGAGAAGCCAACAUUCCGUAAAGUGCGCACCAACAAAAAGGUGCAACGUUGCUGUGAGCUCUGCAUUUGCACCUGCCCCGGCAUGGUUACCAAUAAGGGGUGUGGUGGUGGCGCCGUUGCCAUGCCAGCGUUGAAAAAACCACAUCAAAGCUCAUCUAACAAAGGCCAAAGCCAUGCUACUGCAAUAAAUCCACAAACUACAACAACAACUGCCGCUAUAAAACAAAAACACUGCCCACGCUUUGUACGCCAUUGUGAAGCGCCAACUUUGGGCACGAGCAACACGAACAAUACCGAGCCGACCAGUGCCAAUACGGGUGGUGAGGGGGUGGAAUUGGUGCCGUUGUUGGCACGUCGACGCGCCAAUGCACGCCCCGUUAGCCUUUCCAGCACGGAUGUGACCAAGCGCACCGCCUCCAAAGAUAGGUACGCAUGCAACAUGAUUAGUCGUAGCAAAUAUUUGCAACAUUUGCAACAACUACACUGCAACAAUAGCAAUAAUAUCAAUAUCAACAAUAUGAAUAACAGCAACAACAAUAAUAAUAAGACUAGCAGCAGCAUUAGCAAAUGCAAAAUCAAACGCAAUAUUGCCAACAAAAUUUGUAACCUUAGCAAUGCGCUCAGCCACAACAACAACAGCAAUGACAUUAAUAUCAUCAAUAGUAAUGAAAAUAGUAGCAGCGACACUUCAUGUUGCUUAAAGAAAUUCACUUUGCAUAUACGCUAAGCUUUUUAAUAACAUCGGAGUUAUGCUUGAGCUUUCGCUAAGAUUUUUAACGCUAUGAAGGCAAUGUUUAUGCUUUGGCUUAACCUGUUUUCGGGGUAUUAUCAUAGCCGUAAUAGGGACUAAAUUUUUGGGCGUAGUUGAAUUACGUAUGGAAUGGAAGUUAUCGAAAACGGCUUCCAUUCUUUUUUCGUAUAGAGUUCCAGGGUUAAAGCUAUAUAAGCUUAUAGUAAGCUUUUAUACUUUCAAUUAAAUAUUUAGUGAAAUAAUAAACUUUUAAAGUAUAUUUAUUAGUUAGUCGAGCAUUAAAUUAAUUUCAUAUAUAAUUGUUUUUAAGAAAGAACGAGUAAGCUUUUAUUAAAAAAGUUUUUUAUAUUGAAUUUUCACAACCCCUUUCGGCUUCUUUACUUCUCAGCUUGCAAAUAAUACUUCCACCUAAACAAGGGUUAAAAGCUUUUACGAUUGUGAUCAAAACUUUUGACUAAAUGUAAAAAAAAUAAAAGUUUUUUGAAAUUUUUUUCACUUAGAACCUUGAAGUUGCUUGGCUAAGCAAGUUAGUUAAUUUUUGAAGUUAUAUUUUUAAAUACAUAAGUGGUCAGCUGAUAGCUUUAAAGCUUUACUUAUACCCUUUCCAAGUCUUGUUUGUAUAUUGCGAGCAGACUGAGUGCAUUCAAGCUUAUAAUUAUCCACUUUAGUAAGACUUGUGUAAUAAAUAUGCAAAAGCUUUUGCCGAUCAGAGCUUACAUUAAGCGUUUUCAAAGCUUUUUAUCACAUAAUAAUUAAAAGCUCUCUAAAGCUAAAUAUUAUAAUAAUCAGUAUUGAUAAUGAGAUAAGAAUUGUCGCAGGCUUUUAUCACUGAAAAGUUCUAUAAAUAAUAUUAGUAGAGCUUUUCCCUAUCAAAGCUUAUUUUAAUUUUUUUUUAAAGCUAUUCAAGCAAUUAUAAUUAAAGUCAAGGUAAAAUUAACUUAGUUUCGAUAAUUAAUAGAGAUUUUGACAUACUACAUGUCAGACCAGUUGGUUAAAAAAAAAGCUCUGCAUCCUCUCAAGUCUUGUUUGCUUAAGGUGAACAGACUAAUAGCAUUCAGGCUUAUAAUUAUCCAUUUCGAUCAAGCUUUUAUAAUAAAUAUGCAAAGCUUUUGCCGACCAGAGCUUCAAUUGAGCUUUUUUAAAGUUUAUUACUAUAUAAUAAUUAAAAACCUAAAAACUCUCUAUAAUAGUAAUUAUUAUUGAAAGUGAGAUUACAAUUGUUGCAUAAGUUCUAUAAUUAAUAAAAUGUCAGGUUUUGCCGAUCAGAGCUUUUUUAAGCUUUUCAAACUAUGAAAAUUAAAACCAAGUUAAAAUGAAUUUAGUUCUGCUAUAUAAUAGAGAUUUUGCCAUAUAUUGCUGACAAGCAUAUUACAAAAAAAGCUUUGUAGCUUUACUAAUACUCUCUUCAAGUCUUGCUUGCAUAUGGUCAGCAGACUUAGCGCAUAAAGGCUUAUAAUUAUUCACUUCGAUUACGCUUGCGUAAUAAAUAAGAAAAUGCUUUUGCCUUACAGUGCUUUUUUUUUAGAGCUUUUCAAGCAUUUGUAAUUAAAACCCGUCUAAAUCUAUAUAUUAUAAAAAGAUAUAAUUGCAAAUUAUAUUACAAUUGACGCAGACUCUUGUCUAUGGAAAUUCCUAUAAUUACUAAUAGUAGAGCUUUUGCCUUGAACGCUUAUUUUAAGCUUUUCAAGCAGUGGAUGUUAAUGAAGGAGAACAGUUAAAAGAGUUAAAAAAUAUUGUAGCCAUUAUAAUAAGAAAUCUCUUCUAUCAUACUUUUACAUUAACCCAUCACUUUUAUAUAUAUUAUCAUACAUAUACUAUACUUAAAAGCAUAUACCCAACUCAUGUAGCUCAACACAUAACCAAAUAUUUGCACAGAAAAAACUUGACUUAUGAAUUUUCUUAAUAUUCAAAACUAGCGUUGCUUAUUGGUUUGUUUUUUCAUUUGUUUAAUUUUUCGUAAAAUUACAACAACAAAAA